CCACCCUCUCUCCCCUCCCCACCAUCGUCGCCGUCUCGCAUUCACACCAUUCCAAUCGCUUCCAAGUUCUGGGAGGAAAGAUCAUUCUACCACCUCGAUCUCCAACAACCUGGGCGGAUCGUCCAAGAUGCGGAUGAGCUGCAACGGGUGCCGGGUGCUGCGGAAGGGCUGCAGCGAGGGCUGCACCAUCCGCCCUUGCCUGCAGUGGAUCAAGACCCCCGAGGCGCAGGCCAACGCCACCGUCUUCCUCGCCAAGUUCUACGGCCGCGCGGGGCUGCUCAACCUCCUCGCCGCCGCGGGAGACGACCGCCUCCGCCCGGCCGUCUUCCGCUCCCUGCUCUACGAGGCGUGCGGACGCAUCGUCAACCCCAUCUACGGCUCUGUCGGCCUUCUCUGGUCGGGACAGUGGCAGGCAUGCCAGGCCGCCGUGGAGGCCGUGCUCAAGGGGGACCCCGUCUUGCAGGUCGCCGCGUCGUCCGACGCCGCGCUUGCCACGCCGCCGCUCGGUAGGGGGGCCUACGACAUCCGCCACGUCGUCAAGGACCCCGACGCCGCCGCGGCCGCCGACCUCCUCCGCGUCGCGCGCGCCGGGCGCACACGGUUCAAACGUGCGUCGUCGUCUUCCACGUCCAAGCCCCACAAAAGCAGCACCGGUGGUGCCAAACCCAACAGGCGCGGGUCGACUAGCACUCCGAAGCAAGAGCAAGACCCGGAGCUAGAAGCUGAGCAGAUGGUCGUCGGCGGGAGUUGUGACGAGCACGACGACGGCCGCACGCCGAGCCAUGACGAGGAGUCCGCGGGCAGCCACGAGCACGUGGUCGAGGACGAUGACAUGGUCGCCGCGCGGGAGGGUUCGGAGGACACCGAGGUGGAGGUGGGCUCCUACGUGAGCCAGGCCGAGCAGCAGAGCCAUGUGCUGCCGGUGAGCCAGAUGAUGGCGGCGGAUGAGGAAGAGGAGGAGGUUGGGCUGGAGCUGACGCUCGGGUUCGAGCCAACUGUCAGGCAGCAGGCGCGUUCGGCGCGCUGCGACCUGAGCGGGUUGAGCGCCGCGUCGAGCCUCAUCGGCCUGCGGCUCGAGCUGUCGGCGUGAGCUCACACUGGCUUUGGGCUUUCUUCUCACCGAACAGAAGACAGUUUUAGGACCGUGUCAGGAGGAAAACAGGCUUCCUAGGUUUCGUGUAUACCAUAGGGUCCUUAUAGGAUAUCUUUGUUUCUUCUCUCAUGUACUCAUGUGAUGUCUUUGUACAAACUCCUCGAUGUCUGGCUCUGGUUGUCACAAAAGUCGUUGAACAGAUGUAGUAACAAUCAGAGCUCUGAGAUGUUAGAUAUUGAGAAUCUAAAUUAGUCUCCAACUGAAAAAUGA